AUGCAGCUGAGGGCCCAGCUUAAUACUCUUCAGCCUCACAGCAAAUCCACCCCUGACAUCCACAUUAUGAGAGAAAGUUCCUAUGACCUGAAAAACAGCACAAGUCCGGUGGAUCAGACAGCAUUAGUUUCUGUCAUCAACUUUGCAAAAAUUGUCAAACAGAUAGGCAGACCGAGCAGCAUCCUCAGCAGCGUCCAGCCGAGGACCGUCUCGUCCAGGUGUUCAGGAUUAUUGCAUCGAGCAUUCAGUGUCUUCUUAUUUAAUACUGAAAAUAAGCUCUUGUUACAACAGAGAUCAGAUGCUAAAAUUACCUUUCCAGGUUGUUUUACCAAUACUUGUUGUAGUCACCCACUAAACAAUCCAGGAGAGCUUGAAGAAAAUGAUGCGAUUGGAGUGAGAAUAGGAGCUCAGAGACGUUUGAAAGCUGAGAUAGGCAUUCCCCUGGAAGAGGUUCCUCCAGAAGAAAUUCAGUACCUAACACGAUUGUAUUACAAGGCUCAAUCUGAUGACAUUUGGGGAGAACAUGAGAUUGAUUACAUUUUGUUUAUGAAGAAUGUAACUUUGAAUCCAGACCCCAAUGAGAUUAAAAGCUAUUGUUAUGCAUCAAAGGAAGAAGUAAAGGAACUUUUGAGAAAGGCAGCCACUGGUGAAAUUAAGUUAACUCCAUGGUUUAAGAUUAUUACAGAGACUUUUCUCUUUAAAUGGUGGGACAAUUUACAUAAUUUGAAUGUGUUUAUUGACCAUGAGAAAAUACAUAGAAUGUGAACAUGGAGAGGAUAAUAACAUUCCUCACCUUAAGAAACAUGAAAUCACUAGCUUACCAUUUGAUUCCCUAUUAGGAAAAUUCAUCAGAAAUAUUAAUACUAGAGAUUCUGUGAAAAGACAGCUGACUUU